CAGGUCUUGUGGACGACGCCGCGCGGGGGCUAUCUGCCCAUCGCGGUAAUCGCACGCGCACUCACGAUAGCCCCAUGGUCCCCCUCUAUUCCCCCUCUGUCUUCUGUAUCUCACGUUGAGCUAUCGUCAUCGCCCGACUCGCGCUCUCACCCUUGCUCCUCGUCGCCCGCCUGCGCAUCUUGGAUUUCUCUCACCUACUGGUUCACAUUCCGAUAUGCCGCCCAUCCCCCCUGCCCCUGUGUCUACCAUGUCCACUGCCGAUCUCGCUGCGGAAUACGGCGCGCGCGACCUCGUCGGGUACGGGGAGAACACGCCCGACCCCCAGUGGCCCAACGGCGCGAAGAUCGCCAUCAACCUCGUCCUCAACUACGAGGAGGGCUCGGAGGUGACGCCAGUGAACGGAGACGACAUCACGGAGACGAUCGCGAGCGAGCUGGGCCCGGGGCAGUCCCCCAUGCGCGGCGAAAGGGACGUGAACAUCGAGUCGCUGUAUGAGUACGGCUCCCGCGCAGGCGUGUGGCGCAUCCUCCGCCUCUUCAAGGAGACGGGCGUCCGCUGCACUUCCUUCGCCGUCGGCCGCGCGCUGGAGCUCAACCCCGCUGUGGCUGCCGCGCUCGAGGCCGGCGGGCAUGAGAUCAGCUCUCACGGCUGGCGCUGGGUAGACCGCAGCGCGUGGUCCGUGGAAGAGGAGGUGGAAAAUGCCCGGAAGGCGAUUCGAGCAAUUAAGGAGACGGCUCCGUCCGGGCGCCCGCCGCGGGGAUGGUACUACGGAAUGGUCAAUACGAAGGCCGGAGCGCGGUCGAGGGCGCUGAUCGCGCGAGUGUUCAAGGAAGAAGGAAUCCCAUUGCUGUGGUACAGCGACGACUACAGUGACGAUCUGCCGCACUGGAUACCCUACCCUGGAGGCACAGCGGACGAAGGCCUGCUCAUCGUUCCAUACACCCUCGACACGAAUGACUACAAGAACGCUGGUUACCAGGCGUUCAUCUCGCCCGACGACUUUUCGUCGUACCUCAUCGCCGCCUUCGACGAGCUGUAUGCGGAAGGCGUGCAGGGGCAUCCGAAGAUGCUAUCCGUGGGGUUACACUGCCGUAUCGUUGGACGCCCUGCGCGGCUGGCGGGCCUGCGCAAGUUCAUCGAAUAUGCAAAGAGCAAGGGGGGCGUUUGGUUUGCCACACGAGAGGAGAUCGCGAAGCACUGGAUGGAGAAGUUUCCAUACAGGGCUCAGUCGUAAAUCAAAUUGCUUUGUAGUUGUCGAAAGGGAAGGAAGAGCGUUCGCGCGAGAGCAA